AGAUAUUGAAGCAAUAAAAAGAGUAACAAAGAGGAAAAUAUAAUCAAUUAAAUAGAACUCUCAUGAUGGUGAAAGUAUAGUUUUUGUAACUAGAACUAGAAAAUAAACUACAAAAAAUUAAUAAUAAGUUAUCUUGAAACGGGAGAGAAGAAAUCGCGCGCGUGGAUCUCACUCUCGGCGAUUUUUCUCUCUCAAUUUUUCUUCCUCUUCUGAUCACAAUCCCUUGCGCCGGUGGUCGGGUUCUCCGUCGAUUCCGGCGACGAUGAGGACCCCAAGGCUCAUGGUUCUUCAUCCGUAACCUGCUGCAUCUCUCUGUCAAAGCAAUCUGACCAGAAUCAAGGGAGAAGUGGAGGGGAGAAGCUUCUGCCCGACACCGACGGUAAGAGCUCUACCGGCGGUGUAGCGAUGCAGAGUGGAAGACGGAGAUCUGCGGUGAGGAACGAGAGAGACAAACAGUUAGAUCUUGGGACCGGAGAUUUUGGAGGUUUCACGGGAUCUUAGUCGAUGGGGGAGGUAGGCUCCGAUCCAGCGAAGCUAAGCCACCGUCGUCGGUCUCUUUUUCUACUCCCUACUGUUCCUCUUUCUCACGUCCGAGCAAGGAUCUCCUCGACAAAGACGAAAUCGUAUCUCUUCCUCCUUCUCAAUACUUCUCUACGGUGGCGGGAUGGAAACGGAUCUUGGAUCACCAUCUCGUUCGGCUUGCGUCGUCCAGGCUCACCGGAGGUUGUGUUCCGGCGAGAAUCUGCAGAUUUGGACGGCGGCUCCGAUCAUGUUCUUUGAUAGGAGAUUAGGGUUUCAACACAUGCCCGGUUUAGUUCGGUUUGUGAACCCGAGCCGGUUUUCGGUUUUUGAUUAUUUUGUUAGUGGAUUGAUGUUUGUGGGUUGGGCCUUUGGGAUUUAGAGUG